AGGUCUACUUCAGAACAAUGUGAGAGGAUACACGUCCUGGAUUCUCAUGUUUCUGGAUAUCUUGAAAAUUAUUGGCAACAGUUGAAAGAAAGUCGUUAUGCUCAAGGGAUUUUUGCUCAGGUGUCUCGCCUGCUCCAAUCGUGGGACCAAAAUGAUUUUGACGCUACAGCCCCCCUUCCCCUCUUUAUAGAAGUUAUAAUAUUUCUUACGCUUUGUUGUUGUAGUUUUAAACUUUACAAAUGCUUAGGGGAAAAUCGCCAGACGACCACCUUGGAUUUUAAAUCUACAUCUGCAUACGGAAUUUCAAUCAUGAACUUUGUUGACAGUUUUGUAACAUUAUUUCUCCUGACGCUUCUAUAUUUGUCAGCUGUCAAGAGUGCCCACAUACCGAAGGAAGGAGGGAGUGCGCAUGAGGGCGUGAUCUCCUUCAUGGAGGUGUACAAUAAGAGUAUUUGUCGGCCCAGAGAGCUGCUGGUAGAUAUCAUAAAGGAGUACCCAGCGGAGGUAGAACAUCUGUACAUCCCAUCGUGUGUAGUGCUGAUGCGCUGCGCUGGAUGCUGCAACGAUGAGAGUCAAGAGUGUAUGCCGACCUCCACACACAACAUCACCAUGGAGAUAAAAAGAUAUAAUCCCAAAAAGAUACAAAGUAAUAUUUUUAUGAGUUUCACAGAACACAGUGCAUGUGACUGCAGCCUAAAGAAAGAAGCAAAAGAACAAAGACAGAAUCAGUGCCUACCGUGCUGCGAUGGCUGUUCAGAGCGAAGAAGGCGGUUAUUCAUCCAGGACCCUUUGACAUGCCAGUGUUCCUGUAGACACUCUGAUGCAGACUGCCGGACACGCCACCUGGAGCUCAACGAGAGGACCUGCAAAUGUGACCAGCCCAGGAGAUGAGAGGCCCAGAUUAAAAUGAACAACAUGAAGGAAUAUUCACAAUAUAUGUCACACAGCACAGCACUUUCAACCUUUCACUCAUCUCUGUGGAUAGCAUUCCUGUGAACUGACUGAAACAGCAGAGACAACAGGCAGGGAAACAAAGAAAGAAUGAACAAACAGAAAAAAAUAUCAACCCCCAAUGCAUACUGUAUGUGUAUAUACCAGGACAGAUGCAAAGAAAAAGGACAGAAUGUGUAUUGCUGCUAAAAGAAAACGAACGACAACCCAUCACUAGAAAGAAGCAAACGUCUGUGUGGUUUUUCGUUUCGCUGGCGUUUGACCAGACUGUGGUUUUGUUGUUGAUUCAUUUAUGCAAAUACUUCACUGGAUAUAAAUGUCUACUGUGGUUAUAUGUUGAAUCAGAAACAACAAAAUCUAGCUCUGCGGUACAUACUGUAUAUCCACAGAAAAGAGGAGGAAGAGAAGAGAGAACAUUCUUUCCCUGAAAUAGAUGGAGGGAGGUCCAGUACUGACCCAUAGUUUCCCAUAACAGGGACCCAA